ACAGGCGGAGCAGAUAGAGGAUGGAGCAGAGGGACCGAGGAGCAGCCGCCUCAGAUCUCAUGCCCGAACCAUCACCUUCCGCGCGAGAGGAUUCGCCUUCACUCCACGCGCCGAGUUUGGAUUCCGCUCGCGUUCAUUCGCGUCCUCUCUUCGCCGCUGACAGCAGCCGCGCGUCGGUCCGCUUCUGCCGUCUGACUGUGAACACAGCGCCGGUUCUGGCUUUUAUGUCCCAGUGAAAUUCUACUGAAAAAACAAAACAAAACACAGUGUGAUACAUUUCACGCGAGGCUUCACACAUUCAGCUGGACUGCGAAGUCGCUCUUCCAAUCGAAAUGGAUGAAGACAAUCAUGUCCCGGAGGAUCUGUCCCUGGAGGAGAGGGAUGAGCUCUCCAGCAUCCGGCGGAGGAAGAGGGAGCUGCUCGAUGACAUCGAGAGGCUGAAAUUUGAGAUCGCAGAAGUCAUGACAGAGAUUGAACAGCUGACGUGUGUGGGGGAAAGCAAAACGUCCCAGAGGAACAAGCAGAUCGCCAUGGGCAGGAAGAAAUUCAACAUGGAUCCCAAAAAGGGAAUCCAGUUCCUGCUGGAGAACGACCUGCUCCAGAACACUCCGGAAGACAUCGCCCAGUUCCUCUACAAAGGCGAGGGCCUCAACAAGACCGUCAUCGGGGACUACUUGGGCGAGCGGGACGAUUUCAACAUCAAGGUGCUUCAGGCUUUCGUGGAGCUGCAUGAGUUCGCCGACCUGAACCUCGUCCAAGCGCUGCGGCAGUUCCUGUGGAGUUUCCGUCUGCCAGGUGAAGCCCAGAAGAUCGACCGCAUGAUGGAGGCGUUUGCCUCGCGCUACUGCCAGUGCAACCUCGGAGUCUUCCAGUCCACAGAUACCUGCUAUGUGUUGUCAUUCGCUAUCAUCAUGUUGAACACCAGUCUACACAAUCCAAACGUCAGAGACAAGCCGCCUGUCGAGCGUUUUAUCUCCAUGAACAGGGGAAUCAAUGAAGGAGGCGAUCUACCAGAGGAGCUUCUCAGGAAUCUUUACGACAGCAUCAAAAAUGAGCCCUUCAAAAUCCCAGAGGACGACGGGAACGACCUGACACACACAUUCUUCAACCCGGACAGAGAGGGCUGGCUCUUAAAGCUGGGCGGCAGAGUCAAAACGUGGAAGAGAAGAUGGUUCAUCCUAACCGACAACUGCCUCUACUACUUUGAAUACACAACAGAUAAAGAGCCUCGCGGGAUUAUCCCCCUUGAAAACCUCAGCAUUAGAGAGGUGGACGAGCCCAGGAAACCAAACUGCUUUGAGCUCUACAACCCCAGCCACAAAGGUCAGGUCAUCAAGGCCUGCAAGACGGAGGCCGACGGGCGGGUGGUGGAGGGCAACCACGUGGUGUACAGGAUAUCGGCCCCGACCCCAGAGGAGAAGGAGGAGUGGAUCAAGUCCAUCAAGGCGAGCAUCAGCAGGGAUCCUUUCUACGACAUGCUGGCCACCAGGAAGAGGAGGAUAGCCAAUAAGAAAUGAUGACUGUAUAUCUGGGACUGAGAGUCAUUGUGUGUCUGUAGGCAUGUGUGUGUGUCGGGGGGGGGAGUGCGUGUGUGUGUGUGUGUGUGUGUGUGUGUGUGUGUGUGUGUGUGUGUGUGUGUGUGUGUGUGUUUCUACUGAAGUUGUGAAGGUCUCCCAUUCAGUGUUUUCAGGGCUGAGGGACAAGCCCAGACGCAAAGGAUUCUGGGUCAUUUCUGGCCCUGGACAGUUUGCAUCUCAAGUCUUCUGCUGAAGCGAGGAAGAGGACAGGAAGUGCGAAUGAACUCUUCACCAAGCUGAGUUACAGUGAAGAACAGCAGAAGAAGAGACGGCUUUGACUGUAAUAAGGGAGCUUUUACUCUGCAAUGCUUGGGAGAGACUGCCCUCUGCUGGGGUUCCUAUGGAAUUGAACAUACUUCACCUUAUGCGGUGCCUUGCAAAAGUUUCCCUAGAACUUUUUCACAUUUUUGUUACUGGAUUUUAUCUGGAUUUUAUGUGACAGACCAACACAAGGUAGUGCAAAAUGGUCAUAAUACAAGGUUUUCAUUAUUUUUACUGAUGACCUGAAAAACGAAGCAUGCAAUUGAAUUUAGCCCCGCAGUGCUCUACCAGCUUUGCAUUGGUCUGACAUUGUUGCCCAUUCUUUUUUAUAAAACAGUUGAAGCGUAGUCAGAUUGAAUAGAGAGCGUUUCAGAACAUCGGCCUUAAAAAAUGACAGCAUAUUAGGGCCAUUAAAGAAAAAGAAAGGAGUAAGUUUCUUACUUGCAAUGUUUUAAUCAAAGAUUUUCUAGAAAAAACUGGAAAAUUUCUGAGUUUGAAAAGUUACAAAUUUCUUGACUUUUGCAACUUGAAAAUUUCAGAUUUUUUGAAAUUCAGAAAUUUCUAGAUUUUUAUAGAAAAAUUGUUAAGUUUUUAAGACUUAAUUUUUAAUUCACUUAAGCCCAAUUUUUUGGUCAAUUUUUGGAGAAAAUUUGCAAUACACUCACAACAAUCAUGCAUUAACGCAAAAAAAAAAAAAAAGUGUGUAUCUGUUGAUUUUGAGUGAAUAUCUGCUAUUGUGAAAUUGCAAAAAGAAAACUGGAAGGACGACUUCACUCUAGUCUUGUGGGUUUCCUUACACUUUCUUGCAGGUGUUAUAACCUCACUCAUCCUUUCUGUCCUGACUGUCGAAAAUCACUACCGUGGCAUGAUACUGCCACCACCAUGUUACACAAUUUGAAUGUUUUUUUUACAAGAUUCAAUUGAUGAGACUAAACACAAAUGAAUUGCACAUGUUUUAAAUUGUACAAAUCAUGAACUACUUUGUGUUGGUCUAUCUCAGUAAAGAAGACAAAAGAAAAAUUGUAAGGAAGUUCUAGAGGC